AUGGCAAUUUCAAAGCUCAAGUUUACUCAAGAAAAGAAGGUUGCCUUGACAAAGCAACAGCGAAGACAAUUGGCGGAAUUGCUCAAAACUGGUAAAGAAUCAUCAGCCAAAAUCAGAGUCGAAAACAUCAUUCGCGAUGAUAUAUACAUUGAGCUCUUGGAGCUUCUCGAGCUAUACUGCGAGCUUUUACUAGCUCGAUUGAACAUGAUACUUGAUCGUCCAGCGUGUGAUCCAAGUUUACUUGAAGCUGUAAGUUCACUUAUCUAUGCAGCACACAGUACAGAUUUGAAGGAAAUUGUUGCAAUUAGAGAUAUAUUGAUUUACAAAUAUGGCGCUGAGUUUGGUAAAGAGGCAUUGGAGAAUAAAGAAGGUCAUGUACCGGAAAAGAUUGUACGGAGAUGUGGAGUUGAGCCACCGAGUGAGGAUUUGGUGAAUAUGUAUCUUGUUGAGAUUGCAUUGGCUUAUAGUGUACCGUACUCGGGACUAGAGCAUUUGAAAUUAGACGAAGAGGGAGAGGGAGACAAAGAAGGUGGUGAUGAGGAUGAUGACGGUGAGGGUGGAACUAAGGAAAGGGUAGAGAAAGAGACGCCAUUGGCGGAGUUGGCUGAUAAACCAAGUGUUGCUGCUAGUAAGCCUCGACCUAAACCUGCACCAAAACAACAAGAUGAGUUUGAUGCAUUGGCAGCAAGAUUUGCUGCUUUGAAAAAUACCCCGAAAUAG